AUGUCCAUCCUCAGCUCCAUCAAGCGUGCUCGCGAUCACAAGGACGCAGGCAAGAUUAAGGAAGUCGAACAAUCCAAGCCCAUCAAGCCUUCACAGCCUUAUCGCCAUGUUCCCACUCACGCUGCCUGCGACUCUGUAAGCAGUGGUCCAAGUGGUGCUCUUCGCCAUGAUCGCUCCAAGAUUCGUACCGAGAACCGCAAGCGCACUGCAAAGGCCGUCGCCGAGACCAUGCACGAUAGCCAGGCCAUCCAGAUGAACUUCCCCGGCUCAUCUACCUCAUCUCCCUUCACCAGUGGCAGUGCCAGCACCGCCUACCAGGCCAGCGAGGCCGACUACGAUGGCGAUGUUAGCCCCAGAAGCCAGUCUCCUGUGCAGACGUAUGCUUUUUCUCCCGCCCCUACCUUCCCUCAGCCACUCUCUCUCAAGGGCAAGGAGGUUGUUCGGGAUUCUCAGUUUGGCAUGUCAUACUCUGUGUCUCCUGAUCCCCGCGAUCGUCUAGCUCAGCGCUUCCAAACCGGUGUCAUGAUCUGA